CCAUGGAUACACUAGCGUUCGAUCGGACGAGGAAGUGUACCAAUACCAAAACAGCUCUACACACGUUUCGUGAACUGUGACAUGUCAAGCUUAUAACCACAGAUAUCUCAAUUGUUCAGCAACCUGUGUAUUGUUAUGUUGUAGCUCGACGCAGAACGUUGUUACAAAGGGACUGGAAUUUCUGGGUUGAACAUUUCUGUACAACAUGGAAGAAGAUGAUGGACUAAAGGAUAACCUUCGUCUACAGUUCCAGGCUCUGCAGGAGCAACAAGAGAAGCGUCUCCAGAGAAGACUAGAGAAACAGAAGAAGGAGCAGAAGGCCACUGAGAUCCAGGACAAUCUGGACCUGUCCCAGCUAGACAUUCAUCGCGCGGAUGAUUGUAGUAAAAAGCUGUUACAGAAUGAAAAUGAACAGUUGCAGGACCAGGUGAGGGAGUUGAGGGAUGAAAAUGGCCGACUAUUCAAACUAGUGAGCGAGAAAGACUUUGAGAUUAAACAUCUGAAGAAGAAGAGGGAGGAAGACAGGCUGGCUUUGGCAGGUACAUCUGGCUUGGCGGGUGAUGCGGCAGCUACCAAGAUUGUUGAGCUUUCUAAGAGGAAUCGAGAGUUUGCUUCUGAAAUGGAACGAGAAAAAGUUAAAGCAAAACAAACUAGCAACAGAGUGAAAGAGCUUGAGAAAGAGCUCCAGAGUGCUUUGUUGCUUAGUCCUCCUGGGAAGAAGAUGGAUGUAAAGCCACAAGACAUGAGGUCAUCCCAGGACUUCCAGGAGAACAGUCCAGUGGUAAAAUCUCUACAGGAAAAACUAUCUGCUGCACAAUUCAAGAUGACAGAAUAUCGAAACCAGAUUCAAGCUGUCAAGCAGGAAUUGAAAAUAGCUCAGAAGGUGUUAUCCAGUGAGAUAGGAGAGGAAGUCAGCAUCCAGCAGCUACUGACCAGCCCAGGGAACUGGAGAGGUCGCUCCCAGCAGAUACUGGCUCUCCAGAUUAGGGUUCGGGACCUGGAGCAGCAGCUGAGCCAAUCAGCUCAGAGGAAGCAGCCGUCAUUCGUCAGCGUUGAAGAGGAUCUACUGUGGGGCGGGGCCUUGCAGAAGACACCCCCCCAGGACAGGAACCUCAGCUACAUCCGCAAUAUGGAGAGGGAGAAGAGAGAAACUCUGGAGAGGAUGACGGGGGACUAUGAUUCCCUCAUGAAGGACCACAAGGAUGUGAAGAAGAAGCUGGAGGGCUCCAAGGCCAGAAACAAAAACCUGAGCACUGAGGUGAAAUCCCUGAAGGCCCAGAUCUCCACCCUGCUGGACAAAGGAAAGCAUGAUGAUGAGCUGGUGGACGCCUUACUGAAGCAGCAGAGCCAGCUGCAGGAGGUGCUGGGCAGGCUGAGCCAGCAGGACGCGCAGACCAAGGAGAGCCAGCAGAACCUGGGGCAGCAGCUGAGCAGCGAGGCCCAGAGACACACAUCCCUCAUCCAGCAGCUCAAACACAUGGUCUUCGAGAGGGAGGCCAAAGUGAAAGAGCUGGAGGACGAGAUACAGCAACUGUCCUUAAAGAGAGAGGAAGGCGGUCAUUCAGGCCCCAAGACGACCACUGGCAGCUUCUGGCCUUUGACAGCAGGGGGAGACAGCAGUAAGAGGAUUAGCUCAGCCCGUUCAGUAUCUAAACUUGGACAUAAACUAGUGGAGUCAGCAGCUGGGGUCAGUUUAGAGGUCAGAGAUGCAGGAGCUCCUUCGGGUUGUCAGAACUGUUCAGAGGAGGUCAGGUACCUGAAGGCAGAGUGUACAGAGUUUCGGACCCUUUGUGAGGCUGCCUGUGUGGAGAGAGAUAGGCUCCUAGAGCUUGUCAAGCUCCAGCAAUCCAGGGAGGAGGAAGGGAAGCAGAGGUGCCUAGGGGCAGAGCAAAAAUUCCAAGGAGAACGCAGAAGGGCCGUAGCCCUAGAGCAGCAGCUAGAAAAAGCAAAGCUGGAUCUGGGCAAAGGAUUGACUCCCAGAAAAACUAGCAACAAGGGCACUGGAGGAGCCUCGUCUAGUGGGAGACAGAGGGAAUCAUCAUCCCCUCGAAGCCCUCCUGACCUUUCCAGGGAGGCCCAAGUCAUUGAACUAAGUACCCAGCUGGCGGUGCUGCAGGGGGAGAACGAGGCUCUGAGGGCUGAGCUGAGGAGCACUCUCCAGGCCAAGGCUGAGGACCUGCAGCUCUGCAGUGACAUGAUGAACCAAGUCAAGCACGUCUUUCUGCAGGCGCUGCGACAACACAAGCAGGACAGAGACACAAACCAGGAGAAUUAGUUAGCUAGCUGUAUUAAAGGCCCUGGCUGCUUAACCUGCUGGACUUUAACCACGUCACCCAAAAAACCUUAAGUUCCUCUUGUCCAGUCAUAUCAACUCUGAGGAAGGACAGGAAUGGAGCACGCCUUUCUGCUUCAGCAAUACAAUGUAAUUACUGGUUCCUGGUUUCCUGACUGCUUCCUGCUAACUCUGUUGACCACUAAAAGACGACAACCUGCUUUGAUUGCCCCCAUGUAGUGAAUAUGAGUAAGCCGAUCAAAGCCAACUUGGCACCUACGGACCAAAAGGUUUAUCAACUUUGACAUGAAGAUGGUUCCUAUUGUUGAUUGCAUGACUGGUCAGUGCCUAUAGAAUGUGUCUGCAUUAUUUGAUGUGUAUGCAUGGACUUGUCCAUAGGUGUUUUUCUUUUCUAAAUGUCACUGUCAUGUCAAAAUAGUGUCGUCUUAGCACCUGUGUUUGUAAGAUAUAAUAUAGAGGGCCGCAGUGCGUUUGUAAGAUAUAGUACAGAGGGCCCCAGUGUGUUUGUAAGAUAUAGUAUAGAGGGCCCCAGUGUGUUUGUAAGAUAUAGUACAGAGGGCCCCAGUGUGUUUGUAAGAUAUAGUACAGAGGGCCCCAGUGUGUUUGUAAGAUAUAGUAUAGAGGGCCCCAGUGUGUUUGUAAGAUAUAGUACAGAGGGCCCCAGUGUGUUUGUAAGAUAUAGUACAGAGGGCCCCAGUGUGUUUGUAAGAUAUAGUAUAGAGGGCCCCAGUGUGUUUGUAAGAUAUAGUAUAGAGGGCCCCAGUGUGUUUGUAAGACAUGGUACAGAGGGCCGCAGUGUGUUUGCAACACACAUCACAGUUAAGAUGCUAAUGUUUAGUUAGAGGGCUCUAUUCAAUCCAUAUCGCUGAAGAUCUGUUUCAUAACACAUUGACAAUUAAAGGCAAUGUUCCCUGCUGUCUCACGGUAAACGCUGCGUAUCAAAUCACAUUUUAUUUGUCACAUACGCCAAAUACAACAGGUGUAGACCUUAUCGUGAAAUGCUUACUUACAAGCCCUUCACCAACAAUGCAGUUCAAGAAAUAGAUUUAAGAAAAUAUUUAGUAAAUGAAAUAAAAUCAAAAAGUAACAUAAGAAAAUUACAUAACAAUAAGAGGCUAUAUACAGGGGUACCGAUACCGAAUCAAUGUGCGGGGGUACAGGUUAGUCGAGGUCAUUUGUAAAUUGACUAUGCAUAGAUAAUAAAACAGCAAGUAGGAGAAGUGUAAAACAAAGGGGGGGAGUCAAUGUAAAUAGUCCUGGUGGCCAUUUAAUUAAUUGUUCAGUAGUCUUAUGGCUUGGUGGUAGAAGCUGUUUUGAGGAGCUUUUUGAUCCUAGACUUGGCGCUCCGGUACCGCUUGCCGUGCGGUAGCAGAGAGAACAGUCUAUGACUUGGGUGACUGGAGUCUGACUAUUUUUUUUAUGACGGCUCAAUCUGAAAUUACCUUUAAGUUUCAACAUGGAUCCUCCCAGAUACUUGUAUCCAGGCUACAGUAUCACACAUACAUAUUUGACAGCCCCAAACCAAAUAGUAAAGAAAGUAAAGUUCCUCAAUAGUUUAACAUUAUUCAAAGCUAUCGCGGCUAAUCACUUCUGACUUAAAACCAGAUGUGGGGGAAUAGUGGUUGAAAACGAAUGUAGACAUUAAGCUACACAAACUCCCCGCUCUGCCAGUCUAUACUGUCGGUUCCUCAGAGCAUGUUCCCAAUGCUUACUGUAUAUACAGUGAUCUCCAAAACUAUUGGGACAGUGACACAUUUUUUGUUGUUUUGGAUCUGCACUCCAGUACUUUGGAUUUGAAAUGAUACAGUGACUAUGAGGUUAAAGUGCAGACUCAGCUUUAAUUUUAGGGUAUUUUCAUCCGUAUCGGGUGAACCAUUGGAAAUUACAGCACUUUUUGUACAUAGUCCCCCCAUUUUAGGGGACCAAAAGUAUUGGGACAAAUUCAAUUACAUGUGUAUUCAAGUAGUCAAAAGUUUAGUAUUUGGUCCCAUAUUCCUAGCCCGUAAUGAUUACAUCAAGCAUGUGACUCUACAAAAUUGUUGGAUGCAUUUGCUGUUUGUUUUGGUUGUGUUUCAGAUUAUUUUGUGCCCAAUAGAAAUAAAUGGUAAAUAAUU